GAUUAAUCAAUGGCGUCACCGUGAACGUUUUAACCCGUAACGCGCUUUUUAGCAGUUAACUUCUAUAUUUACUGCGAGUUUAAGUUAAUAUUUGGUGUAUAUAUUGUUUCUACACCGCAAGAUAAUAUUGCUGCAGAGGUUGAUAUGAUCAAGAAAUUAUUGUACAGACUAAUACAUUAGCGAGUGUUUUACCAAGAUGCAGACUAUCAAGUGUGUGGUGGUAGGAGACGGUGCUGUGGGCAAGACAUGCCUACUCAUCAGCUACACUACCAACAAGUUUCCCUCGGAGUAUGUGCCCACUGUUUUUGAUAACUAUGCCGUAACUGUCAUGAUUGGUGGGGAGCCUUACACUCUAGGGCUCUUUGAUACUGCAGGACAGGAAGAUUAUGACAGGCUACGACCACUGAGUUAUCCUCAGACAGAUGUUUUCCUUGUAUGCUUCAGUGUGGUGAGCCCGAGUUCAUUUGAAAAUGUUAAGGAAAAGUGGGUACCAGAAAUAACACACCAUCAGCAAAAAACACCUUUCUUAUUGGUGGGGACACAGAUUGAUCUAAGGGAUGACCCUGUUACUAUGGAAAAACUUGCUAAGAUAAAACAAAAGCCAGUCUCAUUAGAACAAGGAGAAAAAUUGGCAAAGGAACUGAAAGCUGUUAAAUAUGUAGAAUGCUCUGCACUUACACAGAAAGGGCUGAAGAAUGUGUUUGAUGAGGCUAUACUGGCAGCACUGGAGCCUCCAGAACCAGUGAAGAGAAAGAAAUGUGUGCUACUGUAAUAAGCAGCGACUGAGGGGCUGCAGCGCUGCGGCGCCGCGGCGCGUGCGGCGCCUGUCUCCACCUCAUGCACGUAUAAAACUAACACUGUAAUAUUCAACUUAUUUUUAUAAACUUAUAAUUAUUGAAUAUAUGCCAUAAACUAAAAAUAAUGAAUAUUGCAAUACAACUUGGGUUUUAUGCUAA